AUGGCCUCCCAAAUGGGCACCAUCGCCCAGCUGCUGGAUGCUACUUUAGACCCCAGUACUCACAAGAAAGCCGAGAACGCACUCAAGGCCGAGCAAGCCAAGCCCCAAUACUCGCUUCAGCUGCUCAACAUCGUUGCUUCAGAAUCACUGCCACUCAAGACACGUCUGGCCGCCGCUCUGGCCUUCAAAAACUUCAUCCGCUCCAACUAUGUCGACGCUGAUGGCAACUACAAGCUGCCCGACGACGAGGUCCAAACCAUCAAGUCCCAGCUCCUUAACCUGAUGAUCUCUUGCCCGCCCGCUAUCCAGACCCAGCUCGGUGAUGCUAUCAGCAUCAUUGCCGACUCCGACUUCUGGGAGCGCUGGCAGUCCCUGACUCAGGAACUCGUCGCCAAGUUCUCCCCCGUCGAUCCCAAAGUCAACAUCGGUGUGCUCGAGGUCGCCCACUCCAUCUUCGUCCGUUGGCGACCCCUCUUCAGAACCGACGAGUUGUACACAGAGAUCAACCAUGUUAUUAGCACGUUCGCACAGCCCUUCGUGCAGCUGCUGGUGCAGACCGACGAGCAGAUCACCAAAAACGCCCAGAACAAGGACGCGCUGAAGAGCUGGUUCGAGUGCCUGAGCCUCAUGAUCAAGAUCUUCUACGACCUCUCGUCACACGACAUGCCCCCGAUCUUCGAGGAGCACCUCGCUUCCAUCUCGGAACUCCUGCACAAGUACCUCACCUACACGAACCCGAUUCUCGAAACCGAUGACGAUACCGAAGUUAGUGUGGUCGACAACGUCAAGGCGGACAUUUGCGAGGCUCUGGAGCUCUACACCCUGAAGUACGACGAGGACUUCAGCAAGUACACCGAGCCCUUUAUCACAAAUGCUUGGAACCUGCUGUCCAGCAUCGGAUCCGAGACCAAGUACGACUUGCUGGUCAGCAAGGCUUUGCACUUUUUGACCGCUGUUGCUGGCACCUCCCAGCACUCUGGUGUUUUUGCCAACGAGGAGGUUCUGGGCCAAGUGGUCGAAAAGGUCAUCCUGCCCAAUGUCGCUCUGCGCGAGUCCGACUUGGAGUUGUUUGAGGAUGAACCCAUCGAAUUCAUCCGUCGUGAUUUGGAGGGUUCCGACACCGACUCCAGGCGCCGGUCCGCUACUGACUUCCUCCGCAGACUGCAAGAGAAGUACGAGCAGCUGGUCACUGGCGUUGUCUACAAGUACAUUAGCCACUACUUGGAACAGGGCAAGUCCGACUGGAAGGCGAAGGACACCGCGGUGUACCUGUUCAUCUCCGUUGCUGCCAAGGGUUCGGUAACGGCCGCUCAAGGUGUUAAGACGGUCAACUCUUUGGUCAACGUCGUUGACUUCUUUGAGCAGCACAUCGCAUCGGACCUGAUGGCGAGUGCAGGCGUGGAGCCCAUCUCCAAGGUUGACGCCAUCAAGUACCUCCACACCUUCCGCAGCCAGUUGACAAAGGAGCAAUGGAAGUUGGCGUUUCCCCCUCUUAUUCAGAACCUGGCUUCAGACAACUAUGUUGUCUACUCCUACGCUGCCAUUGCGGUUGAGCGUCUUCUCUUCCUGUCUGAUGACUCUGGCAAGGCUAUGUUCCCUCGCGAGGACAUCCAGCCGUUUGCGAAGGACCUGCUUGACCACCUGUUCAAGCUCAUUGAGAAGGAGAGAACUCCUGCCAAGUUGCAGGAAAAUGAGUUCUUGAUGAGAUGUGUCAUGAGAAUUCUUAUCGUCAUCAAGGAUGGAGCAGCACCGCUUGCCGAGGGUAUCCUUACCCACUUGGUUGCCAUCACCAACAUGAUCAAGCAAAACCCCAGCAACCCCCGCUUCUACUACUACCACUUUGAGGCCUUGGGUGCGCUUGUCAGAUACUGCUCUUCAACAAGCGCAGCACUGUUCAACCAGCGACUGUGGGAGCCGUUCAACCAGAUUUUGGUGGAAGACGUCUCAGAAUUCCUUCAGUACAUUUUCCAGAUUCUGGCACUGCUUCUAGAGUCAAGUCCCCGAGAUGCCAUUUCCGACAAUUACAAGGCUUUCCUGUCCCCCUUGCUUGAGCCGACAUUGUGGGACACCAAGGGCAACGUUCCUGCUUGCACGAGACUCUUGUCAGCCGUCAUUCCGGCAACUGCUGCCUACAUUGUCUCGGAGAACAAGCUCGAGCAGAUUCUCGGCAUUUUCCAGCGCCUCCUCAACACGAAGAAGUACCAACUGUACGCCUUCGAUAUUCUGGAGGCGGUUGUAAAGUCGUUUGAGCCCGGCGUUGUUGACCAAUACUUCGGCACCAUUCUCAAUCUCACGUUCGCCAAGUUGCAAGGCGCCCCAGCCGACUCUCUGAAGCUGCGCUUUGCGCGGUUCUUCCAUCUCAUCUCUGCCCGCCUCGAGUCCGGCUAUGGUGCCGACUACUUCAUGCAGCACUCCGAGAAGAUCCAGGAGGGCAUUUUCGCCAAGGUGUACCCCGCGUUCGUCUUGGGCGAGACGGAGAAGCUUGCGCGACCUGUCGACCGCAAACUUGCAGUGGUCUCUCUCACCAAGGUUCUCUGCGAUUCCCAGGCCUUCGCUCAGAAGUUUGCCAAGGGUUGGGCCAACACUGCCAAGAUUCUCCUUGCGUUGUUGGUAAACCCUCCGGUUAUGACUGCUGGCCUCGGUGAUGAGCUCAUUGCCGAAGCUGACGUGGACGACAUCGGCUUCGGACUCUCGUACACGGCGUUGAACACGUGCAGGCCGAUUGUACGUGACGACUACCCCGAGGUCACCACGGUUGCCCCGUGGGUCAGCGCUUAUAUCAGCUCUGCGAACCAGCGCCACAACGGUGCCAUCUUGAAUUUUGUCAACACGCGUUUGACGCCCGAGCAGCAGGCCGCCCUGCAGCAGUACCUGCAGUAG